GCGCACUCGCGCUGUCACUCAGCCGCUAGCCAGCUUCGCUCCUGGCGGGAGGCUGAAGUCGCUGCCCGCGUCCCGCACCGCCGCUGGCCGCAUGGGCGCCGCGCUGCUCCUCGCCCUCGGGCUGCUGGCCCAGAGCCUGGGCCCGUCUGUGGGCAGCCCCGGGCCAGGGAAGCCCAGCAUCCUGAACCCCUGGCACCGGCCACCAGCACUGGGCCGCGUGCGGAGGGCCUGGGUCAUCCCCCCGAUCAGCGUGUCCGAGAACCACAAGCGCCUCCCCUACCCCCUGGUGCAGAUCAAGUCGGACAAGCAGCCGCUGGGCAGCGUCAUCUACAGCAUCCAGGGGCCAGGCGUGGACGAGGAGCCCCGGGGCGUGUUCUCCAUCGACCGGCUCACGGGGAAGGUGUUCCUCAACACCGCGCUGGACCGCGAGCGCACAGACCGCUUCAGGCUCCGAGCCUUCGCCCUGGACCUGGGAGGCUCCGCCCUGGAGGACCCCACAGACCUGGAGAUCGUGGUCGUGGACCAGAACGACAACCGGCCGGCCUUCCUGCAGGAGGCGUUCACGGGCCGGGUGCUGGAGGGUGCAGCCCCAGGCACCUUCGUGACCAGGGCGGAGGCCACGGACGCGGACGACCCCGAGACGGACAACGCGGCCCUGCGGUUCUCCAUCCUGCCACAGGGCGGCGCCCAGCUCUUCAGCAUCGACGAGCUCACAGGGGAGAUCCGCACCGUGCAAGUGGGGCUGGACCGCGAGGUGGUCGCCGUGUACAACCUGACCCUGCAGGUGGCCGACAUGUCCGGAGACGGUCUCACUGCCACCGCCUCCGCCAUCAUCUCUGUGGAUGACAUCAAUGACAAUGCCCCGGAGUUCGCCAGGGACGAGUUCUCCAUGGAGGCCCCGGAGGCCGUCAGCGGUGUGGACGUGGGGCGGCUGGAAGUGGAGGACAGGGACCUGCCCGGCUCCCCCAACUGGGUGGCCAGGUUCAGCAUCCUGGGAGGUGACCCCGACGGGCAGUUUGCCAUCCGCACGGACCCCAAGACCAACGAGGGUGUGCUGUCCGUGGUGAAGCCCCUGGACUUCGAGAGCCGCGAGCUCUACCAGCUCACCGUGUCUGUGCAGAACGAGGCCCCGCUGCAGGCGGCCGCCCCCAGGGCCCAGCGGGGCCAGGCCCGGGUCACCGUGCAUGUGCGGGACAUCAAUGAGGCCCCCAUGUUCCAGGAGAACCCGCUUCGGACCAGCCUGGCCGAGGGGGCUCCGCCAGGGACCCCCGUGGCCACCUUCUCCGCCCAGGACCCCGACAUGCAGCAGCUGCAGAGGCUCAGCUACUCCAAGGACUAUGACCCUGAGGACUGGCUGCAGGUGGAUGGAGCCACAGGCCGCGUGCAGACGCAGCGCGUGCUCAGCCCCGCCUCCCCCUUCCUCAAGGACGGCUGGUACCGGGCCAUCAUCCUGGCCCUGGACGACGCCUCCCCGCCAGCAACAGCCACGGGCACCCUGUCGGUGGAGAUCUUGGAGGUGAACGACCACGCCCCCGUGCUGGCGCCGCCGCCACCAGGCAGCCUGUGCAGUGAGCCACACCAGGGCCCCGGGCUCCUCCUGGGCGCCACGGACGAGGACCUGCCCCCCCACGGGGCCCCCUUCCACUUUCAGCUGAGCCCCAGGCUCCCGGAGCUUGGCCGGAACUGGAGCCUGAGCUCGGUCAACGUGAGCCACGCGCGCCUGCGGCUGCGGCACCAGCUCCCCGAGGGCCUGCACCGGCUCAGUCUGCUGCUCCGGGACUCGGGACAGCCGCCCCAGCAGCGCGAGCAGCCGCUGAACGUGACCGUGUGCCGCUGUGGCCAGGACGGCGCCUGCCUUCCGGGGGCCGCGGCGCUGCGCGCGGGGGGCGCGGGCGUCAGCUUGGGCGCCCUGGUCAUCAUCCUGGCCAGCGCCCUGCUGCUGCUGCUGCUGGUCCUGCCCGUGGCGCUCCGAGCGCGGAUGCGGCGGCGUUCGCGGGGCAAGGGGCUGCUGCUCGGGCCCCAGGACGACCUUCGGGACAACAUCCUCAACUACGACGAGCAGGGAGGCGGGGAGGAGGACCAGGACGCCUACGACAUAGCCCAGCUGCGCCACCCUGCAGAGCUGAGCGUGCGGGGCGUCCCCCUGGGCCGGCCGCCGCUGCGCCGCGAUGCCCCCUACGGCCGCGCGCACCCCCAGGCCUCGCGAGCGGUGCCCACCAGCCCCGCCGACAUCGCGGACUUCAUCCAUGAUGGCUUGGAGGCUGCGGACAGCGACCCCAGCGUGCCGCCCUAUGACACGGCUCUCAUCUAUGACUACGAGGGGGACGGCUCCGUGGCCGGGACUCUGAGCUCCAUCCUGUCCAGCCUGGGUGACCAGGACCAAGAUUAUGACUACCUCAGGGACUGGGGCCCGCGCUUCGCGCGGCUGGCGGACAUGUACGGGCACCCGUGGGGGUCGGACUAAGGGCCUGGAUUUGGCCGUGGUGAUGUGGCCACUGGGCCAGGGAGGGAGGCUUCCUCCUGGGCACUCCUCCGCCAGCGGCAGAGGGCACCUGCCCGACCGUGGGGGGCCGUCUGGACACACCAGCUCCAGGCAAAGUGGCAGAGGUGGCCUCCGACCAGGCAGCCUGAGGGCACCCGGCCCCACACCAUGGGCCCCGAGUGGCCUCCUCCGGGAAGGGCCCAAAUCCAGGACGCAGGACUCAGGGUGCGGAGGGGGCGGCUGGGGAGGCGCCUUCCUGCUUGUGUAGCAAGUGUUGCCCUGAGUCUCCCCGCUGGGGUCACACCUCCCUUUCCCACCUGUGCCUCCCGUGAGCGGACCUCCUCUUUGUACGAAAGCGAGCAGCCCCUGGGUAAAUCGCAACGGAAAACGUG